CCUGGAGUUCUGUUGUUGUUUAUCCAACGGUAAAUCCAUCAUCUCCAAUAUUUGAUGUGCAGCUCACACGCUUCAGCUAGCCAUUGAAGAUGCCCUCAAGAGCCUUAGCGACACAGCAAAUACUCUGACAAAGGCUCGAGAUGCCGCUAAAGCUCUGCGAACACCCAACUUCCGGAAAACAUUGCUGUUAUCCAAACCAAAUGCAAAGAAAGUCAAGCUCGAUGUACCGACUCGUUGGCAUUCUACCGCGGAUAUGUUGCAAUCAAUCGUGGAGGUGAAAAAUUUUUGUCAAGACUUUUCAUCUACACAUAAAGGUUUGGAUUUCACUAACGACGAGUGGGAAUACAUCGAGAACUACUUGGAGGCAUUGACGCCGGCAAAGAAUGCAACGAUUCGACUCCAAGAUGAACAACUUAUGCUUGGCUCCUACGGUAUCUGGCUGGAAUGCAAAUUGGACACAGCAGAUAUUCCGACGCCAUUGGCACAACAACUGGUGAAGGCGAUGGAGAACAGAGAAUCGCAGCUACUAGAAAAUGAAGCUCUCCUGGCUUCGGUUUACUUGGAUCCUCGAUUCUUUCCUCUCCUCCCGAAGAAGUAUCAUUCAAUACCGGUCACCAAAUUAGAGGCAUUGUGGAAUUCGCUCGAGGAACGCAACAGGAGCUCAGGGAAUCGUCAGCUGAAUCAAUCUGGUAGUACAGGCACAAGGGAUUCUCAAACUGAACGACAAUCCAAUUGUACAGUUGACGGAUUUCAGAGUGAUCGCCUUCGUAGAGCACUGAAUAUCGCAGUUGCUGCUCAGAGUAUGAAGUCUUCAUCCUCAUCAAAUAUACGAAGACUCUUGGAGGAAUUUGGAGAGGCACCUUUGUUCUUGGACCCGAACAGCGACAUCCUACACUUUUGGGAGAGCAAGAAACACGUCAUGCCCCAACUCUAUCAAUUGGCUAUAAUUGUCCAUGGUGCACCUGCAACUCAAGUCACUGUUGAACGAUUAUUUUCGGGAGUGAGAUAUAUUUACUCAGACUUAAGAGCAAAUUUGAAAUCAAAGAUUCUUGACGACAUUAUGGUGAUUCGGUGCAACACUCAGAAUUUGAAUAGAAUUCAGAAAUUAAGAAGAAAAGCUGCCUCUAAACGUCAACGGCCAAGAACUGAUGCAGAUGUACCAACAUCGGAGACUUCAACACCGAAUCCAAUGAGUCCCGUAAUCCACGAAGAGUCCUCUAUCCAUGAUUUUGAAGAUAUCACAGGAUCUUUCGGAGGCUCUACUACUAAUGUAUCAUCCUCGCAUGUUUUGAACUUCGAACAGAUGUAAUGAAACUAUCAAACCAUUUUUACAACAGUUACUGUGAUCUACCAUGUUAUUCUCUAUUUGAAAGUUUAACGAUGAAAUCAC